AUGUCGGUCGCCCCGGCAAGUGCCGAUGCAGACCCGAGCGAGGAUACCAAAGCGGCGGAUGAUCCACCUGUCGCCGGACGUGUUCGGGAUGCGCUGAGGGGUGCCAACAACUUCGGGGAAUUUAGAUCAAGGAGACGCUUUGUGUUCGUGCACUUGUUUUCGGGCGAGAGGGACAUCCUCGGGGAGACCGUGAAGGCGGCCGCCAAAGCCGAGGGUUUGAAUGUGGACGUGAGGUCCGUGGACAUCAAGGGCACAGAGCGAUGCGACCUCAGCAAGGCGGAGCCGUUUGGGGAGCUGAUGCAAGCGGCGACGGACGGCAACGUUGAUGCCGGACAUGCGGGCCCUCCGUGCGGGACUUUCAGCCGGGUGAGAUGGAACGAGAAGGGCACGGGGCCACCGCCCGUGAGAGGCAGGUUGCAAAUCUACGGUUUGGACAGCAACAACGAAGUGCUGGACUCGCAAAAGCGAAGGAAAGUGCCGGAAGCCGGCACCCUCGAAAACCCGCCUGGCUCGCAGGAUGGACCGGACGGCUCCAUGUGGCUAUUGCCCGAGGUCAUGGCCUUCGAGAAGGAGGUCAACGCCAUCAGGGUUUCCUUCAACACUUGCGCUUACCAGAUGGGUCUCAGGAAUCGAUGGUGGAAGCCGAGCACAUGGGCAGGAAGGCUGGAGGACAUCGAGACGCUGUCGGCCAGCUGUACUUGCCCGCCGGGCUUCAGACACGAGAAGCUGGUAGGGCGAGUCCGCACCAGUGAAUCGGCCGAGUAUCCCAAGGACCUGUGCAUCAAGUAUGCCGCUUUACUCGUCAAGGCGUUUAAGAAGACGCUUCAGUUGGAAUGGUGGCGAAGCGAGUUGCGCUGCAAGAAGGAGAUGGUCUCACAACUUCAGGUUAAGUGGCUGGAGUCAAAGGAGAAGCAGCUGUCGCAUCAGCAAACGGCUGCCUCGCAAACCGGAAGAUCGAAGAGAGUCUGGUCGGCCAGAGCGGCCACAGUCGACAUCGACCCGGAUAAGCGGGUAUCCAAGAAGGCCAGAAGGGAGCUUGAGAACGUUCAAGCCGUUGGCGGCAUGAGGAACCCACAUGCUAGCAUGUCCAGGCUGGGGAAGGUGGCCGAAGUGGGCCGAGACAUCGCGAGACUGUGGAGGAGGUUUGCGCAAGAACACCCGGAGGCCUUGGAGGUGGCGAAAACAUACGGUUCCAAAGACUGUCAACCAGACUUAAAGAUUGCGGAGGCCUGGAAGGACGAACUGAAGCUGCUUCUCAAGGUGAAGGAGGAGCCCGGACUCAACCUCAAGGAGAACAUCGAGUUCACGUCCCCAUUGGACCCGGCGAUGUGGCGGGCGUGGCAGAGAGCUUCGGCUGACCCGGAAAAGCACAUCGCGGAAUGGGCUAAUGAUGGAGCCCCGUUGGGUAUGGGAAAGGAGAUCCCGUCCAGCGCAGGGGUGUUCCCAGAGGUCGAGACGGCGUCUAACGAGACGCCGGAGAUGCCGACGCUAGAGUGGCAGGCAAAAAUCAAGAACUACACCAGCAUGUUCGAGGACCCCGAGGGUGCCAGUGCGGAACUAGGAAGAUACUUGGAUAAGGGCUUCUGCAAGAGGAUGAGCAAGAAGCAGGCGACCAGACGUUUCGAUCGGGGCACCAUCUCGAAGCUGGCUUUGAUCACCAAGCAGAAGGGCGAGAACGUGGUGAAGAGGAGAAUAAUAAUUGACUUGCUUAGAAGCGGCGGGAACAAGCGAGCGCGGGUUCCUGAGCGCAUCAUUCUCCCUCGUGGCUCGGAUGUGAUCGCCAUGAUGAAGAAGUUGUGGCAGCUGAAGGGAGAAAGGGCCACGGCGGUCGACCCGCUGGACAACAUCGGCGAGGAACCGGAUGGCUCAGAGGACCCGGGCAUCGAGAUCGUGGGGGCCGACUUGUCGGACGCUUACUGUCACUUCCCGGUUGCGCGCAAAGAGCUGAGCAACUGUUUGGCACCCGGGUUGGAGGAGGAAGAGAUAAUUAUCUUCUGUGCCAUGUUGUUCGGGUUCAAGGCGGCGCCGCUGAUCAUGGGCAGAUUGUCUGCCGCUUUGGCGAGAUUGUGGCAGUCGAUGAUCAUGAGAGACGGGGCGCUUCAGCUGUACAUGGACGACCCACUAUUCGCGAUACUGGGCCCACUUAACAGGCGCAGGGGCAUCAUCGCAAUGCUCCUGUACACGGCCAUGGCCAUGGGCAUCAAUUUGGCAUUCCACAAAGGGGAACGCGGCCUCAGGGUCAAAUGGAUCGGAAUCGCCAUGGAGCUGAACGUGAGUGAGGCCACCUUCACCUUGUCCAUCCCGAAGAAAGUGGCAGCAGAGAUUCUGGAGAAGAUUCAGGAAUGGAAGGGCAAAGGCAUGAUUUCGUUGAGAGAGCUUAGGGCUACCACGGGCAGAUUGUCCUGGGUGGCGGGCAUAGUUCCGCGAUUACGCUGGGCGGUUUCCAUCCUGUAUGCUGUGGUGGCCGACGUGGAGGCUGCCGAGGCCAAGGGCACGGAAGCAGAUAGAGAGCUAGUCGUAGAACUGACAAUAGGCCCAAGCUCGGACUCGUGCCCGUGA